AUGGAAGUUAAACUACAGCGACCUGGUAUUGUAUCGUCAAGCUCUUCAAACCCAUGUCUGCCGCGGAUGUCCGUUGUAACUUUUGUAUCCUGCAAAAGGGCAGUGCAGUUGGAUUAUAUAUCAAAUUGCUUGAGCAAUCCUGGGAGCCAAUUGUUUGUAAGAUAUAGUUUUUUGGAAAGGAGCAAGAAUUGUCUUAAUAGGCAACCGUUUAAGAAGAAGAAAUCGCGGAGGCUGGUACAGCCAUUUCUCUUUGCAUCUGCUGAAGAUGGAGUAGCUGUUAAUGGAAAUCCCCAGUCAACAAGAUCUAGCAGUAGUUUCGGGGAGAUUAAGGCCAUAUUCAGUGGAUCACUACAAGACGGAGACAACUAUAACGGACUCAUCCAGCCUUUGCAUGAUGCUGCCAGAACUAUUGAAUUGGCAGUGAAAGAUAAUAUUACUCCGUUCAGAUUUUCUUGGUUUCCAGCUACUUGGUUGCGUGCAGAUAGAAAUGCGUGGGUGAAGACUCUUUCGUAUCAGGCUUCUCUGUACUCCUUACUACAAGCGGUAAAUGAGAUUUCAUCGAGAGGAAAUAACAGAGACGAAGAUGUCAACGUCUUCAUUCAAAGGAGCUUAGCACGCCAAUCUGCUCCCCUUGAGAGUAUGAUGCGGAAUGAUUUAUCUUCCAAACAUCCUGAAGCCUAUGAAUGGUUUUGGUCCGAGCAAGUUCCUUCUGUAGUGACAUCUUUUGUGAAUUGUAUUGAGGGGGAUCAACGAUUUGUUGCUGCCACUUCUGUCUAUGCAAAAGGAAAGUCAUCAGCUACAAGUAAUGAGAUUGAGGUGUCACUUCUCAUGCUUGUGCUCAACUGCAUUGCAGCAAUCACGAAACUUGGCCCGGCAAAAUUUUCCUGCCCUCCCUUUUUUUCUAUGAUUCCAGAUACAACUGGAAGAUUAAUGGAAAAAGUUGUAGACUUUGUUCCACUACCUCAGGCGUAUCAUUCAAUCAAAAGCAUUGGCCUACAACGAGAAUUUCUUAUUCAUUUUGGUCCUCGCGCAGCAGUGUUCAGAGUAAAUGGUGACUUUGCUACAGAUGAAGUUGUUUUCUGGGUCGAUCUUAUACAGAAACAACUGCAGCGGGCUAUAGAUCGGGAGAAAAUAUGGUCAAGGUUAACAACAUCUGAAAGUAUAGAGGUUUUGGAGAGGGAUUUAGCAAUUUUUGGAUUCUUCAUUGCCUUAGGCAGGAGCACACAGUCCUUUUUAGUUGCAAAUGGUUUUGAUUCUCUGGAGAAUCCUUUGGAAGACCUUGUUAGGCAUCUAAUUGGAGGCAGCAUCAUGUACUAUCCUCAACUUUCAGCCAUCAGUUCAUACCAGUUGUACGUAGAGGUUGUUUGCGAAGAAUUAGAAUGGAUUCCUUUCUAUCCGAACCAUACAGGCGCACAGCCUCCAAAACAAUCGCAUGGGCAUAAGAGCAAACCAGAAGUCCCACCUAACUAUGAAGUUAUCCCUCAGGUGUUGGAUGUUUGCUCUUAUUGGUUACAGAGUUUUAUUAAACACAGUAAAUGGCCAGAGAAUCCUUCUAAUGUCAAAGCAGCAAAAUUCUUAUCUAAGGGGCACAAGAGUUUAAUUAGGUGCAAGGAAGAACUGGGGAUAUCAAAGAAUGCAUCAUCAAUCGAUAGAGAGUCGAACUCAUUUGACAAGGCCUUAGAAAGUGUAGAUGAGGCCCUCGUGAGGCUGGAAAGCCUGCUACAGGAGUUGUAUGUAUCAAACUCUUCGUCUGGAAAGGAACAAAUAGAAGCUGCUUGCUCUGACCUAGAGAAAAUGCGGAAGCUUAAGAAAGAGGCUGAAUUUCUGGAGGCAACUAUCAGAGUCAAAGCAGCUUCCUUGCAACAGGGAGGUGAUAGCAAUGAUUCUCAGGAAUCCUACGAGGUACAAAAACGGUAUUUUAAAGGCAAAGACACAAAGAAUGCAAUUAGUUCUGAAGAUCGAGGCAAAAGUAUGAGUCGUGGAUUCUGGGGAUUCUUUGUACGGCCUCCCAAGAGGAAGCCUGGUCCUGAAUUAUCGGAGGAUGAAUAUAUUGGGAAAUCCAGUGGAAACUUACUUAGCCUGGACUCGGAGCCAAAUGAGAUCAGUCGAUUCGAAACUCUAAGGAACGAACUGAUAGAACUGGAAAUGCGGGUCAAAAGAAGCACUGAUCAGUCAGUAGAUGAGGAGGAUAUAAUCUCUAAUAAGGUUCCUCCUCAAUCAAGUAGUAGAACGAGAAAUGUUCAGUUGGUUCCGACUCCGAAGAUGGAAAACAUGAUCGAGAAAACUCUUCACAAGCUAAGAGAAACCACCACGAACGUGUGGCAAGGCACUCAGCUUCUUGCAAUUGAUUCAGCAGCUGCGGUGGAGUUACUGCGGAGGUCUCUGAUAGGUGAUGAAUUAACAGAAAAAGAAAAGAAAGCUCUGCGAAGAACCAUGACUGACUUGGCAUCAGUUAUUCCCAUCGGUAUUCUAAUGCUUCUUCCAGUUACAGCAGUUGGUCACGCAGCCAUACUGGCUGGAAUUCAGAGAUAUGUGCCAGGCCUGAUUCCUUCUACGUACGGUUCCGAAAGGUUGAACCUAUUGAGACAGCUUAAGAAAGUCAAGGAAUCGCAAACAAAUGAAACUGAGCCCGAAGAAGGCAUUGAAGAAACAGCAUAG